AUGAUUACAAAACUUGACAGUGUGCUGUUGCCCCAGAAAAAGUUUAUCUACCACUAUAAGAACCUGCGCUGGGCAAAAGGCCGCCACGAAACUUACCUGUGCUUUGUUGUGAAGAGGCGAAUGGGGCCGGACUCCUUAUCCUUUGACUUUGGACACCUCCGCAAUCGAAAUGGUUGCCAUGUAGAGCUGCUGUUUCUGCGCUACCUCGGAGCUCUGUGCCCUGGAGUCUGGGGUAAUGGAGAGCCAGGAAGCAGGGGGCUCAGCUACUCCAUCACUUGGUUCUGUUCCUGGUCUCCCUGUGCAAACUGCUCCAUCACUUUGUCUCAGUUCCUGAGCCGGAUGCCCAACCUUCGGCUCAGGAUCUUCGUUGCCCGCCUUUACUUCUGCGAUAUGGAGGACAGCCGUGAAAGAGAGGGCCUGCGACUGCUGGAGAAAGCGGGAGUGCAAGUCACAGUCAUGAGUUACAAAGACUACUACUACUGCUGGCAAACAUUUGUGGAUCGUAAGAAAAGUCAGUUCAAGGCCUGGGAAGGCCUACAGCAAAACUCUGUCAGAUUGUCCAGGAAACUUAAUCGCAUCCUCCAGCCUUAUGAGAUGGAUUUAAGAGAUGCCUUCAAGCUUCUUGGACUGUGA